AUGAACGCGUCGCUCUCUAAAGGCAGUCUGCUGGACGGUGUUUUCCAGGAGGGCUUCAACGAGGUAACGUUACAACCUAGCUAGCUAUUUAGCACUACUGUACUGGAAGAGUUUUGUCUGUGUGUGUGUGCGCUUGUGCUUGUUUCUCUGUCUUUUAGCAAAGCAGUUAGCUUGCUUGUUGAGUAGUUAAUAAAUUAGGUUAGCUGGUUAGUUAGUUCAGAUCAGUAGAGGUUUAGUUCUGGGUCUGUUUUCAGGCUUCUGAAGUUAGCCUGACGAGGAGACAGAGAUAGACUAGAGUAGUGGUAUUCAAAGUCGGUGUCGCGACCCUGGGAACUGCAGUGGGGUCGCCUAUGUGUAAAAAAAUAGGAACAGAAUAUUAACAGUACAGAUUAUUGUAUGGGACAAUAUACAAACGUUUUUGAGAAAGAUAAUUUGAAAGAUAAAAUGCUUUUGAGUUAAUAUAUGUAUUGGUUUCUUUUCAUUUUGAUAAGAGAUGAAAAUGCAAUGAAUUGAAAGUUAUUUGUUGUUAUAAAAAUCUAAAUGUACCGAUUUUAAGGUUGUGUCAUUAGAUUUGGGGUGGGGUGGGAGCGCAAUAAAUAAUUGGGGAAAAAAUAGGGUCCACAGAAAUUAUUGGGGGGAAAAAUGGGGUCCCUGCUGAAAAAGUUUGAAUACCACUGGUUUAAGCUAUCAACACCAAACCAACGUUGAGAUGUUCAGACUGGCACAACUUAGGGCUGACCCCAUUUAGUCGACUGGUCGAUUGUUUGGUCGAUAGGCUGUUGGUCGACCGAGACUUCUAUAGUCAAGCAGUAGCAAAAAAUUAUAAUGGACUAAUCCAUUGUGGAGGCCCUGGGGAUGGCACAGUCCAUCACUCUAAGACAAGACGUGCUAUUGAAAUUGUAUAUGGUUAUAUUAUGUAAGAACAAUGGUGCAACAUUAAUAAUAAUAUAAUUUUUUUUACAAAUGCGCUGAAACAUCAGUGCGCUGUUGAAUUGGCGCUUUUUCCUAGACCCCUCAAACUCAACUCUGGACCUCGAAGCCAGUUCCACUGCAUUUUUUAAUUGUUCCCCUCUAGUCAGUGACUGAUUUAGACCUGUGACAUCAGGUAGAACAGAAAACCAGCAGGCUCCAGACCUCGUAGGGUAAGAGUUGAUUACCCCUGUCCUAGACCAUGUUGCUAUGAGCAGUAAAUUAGGCAACUGUAAGUCGCUCAGGAUAAGAGCGUCUGCUAAAUGACUUAAAUGUAAAAAUGUAAAAAGCAUAAUAGCACAGUUAACCAGCAUAUUGGUGUUGAGAACAAUGCGGCAGAGGCAGCAGCGGAGUUAGGAGACGAGAAAACAGCCCUUGCCUAAUUGUCUAAGAAAAGUGAGGAGAGAGGAAACCAUAACUUAAUUAGGUCUAUAAUCAAUAGCCUAACUGUUAAAUGGGCCUGGCUUUAGAAAUCAUCCAUAUCUACAGAAAUAAGGCAGAUCCUGCUUCUGUUGCCUGUUUGAGUGUUUGAUUAACAGCCUACUGAUUCCGUGAGCACCAAGCCUCACACAACCACAACAUGUGGGAUAAACAAGUUCAACAAUUCUGCUGUUUGUAAUCUUUGCUGUGCUGUAAUAAAAGGCUGUACGCUUUCUUUCAUUAGAACAGCCUCUCUGGUAUUAUUUACUUAGUGUUGUUUACACUGUUCCAAACAGGCAGAAAAAUAAUUAUUUAUAAUAAUAAUAACCCUCCUUUAUCUAGAUCUCAAUCUUAUUGUUAUUAUGAUCAUCACUAUAAUAAUAAGUAAUGUCGUUAUCAUUAGUAGCCUUGUAUAACCACCAUCGAGCUGUAGGUGUCACGUCCUGACUCAGAGGACGCUUGUAUGUUGAGUCAGGGUGUGUAUUUUCCUUGCUGUGUUUUGUUCUAUGUUGUGAAUCUAGUAGGUCUAGAUCUAUGUUGGCCUGUGUGGUUCCCAAUCAGAGGCAGCUGUCGUUCGUUGUCUCUGAUUGGGGUCCAUACUUAGGCAGCCUAUUGGCACUAGUGGGUUGUGGGAUCUUGUUCCGUGUUAAGGUAUGUUGUGUUGUGCUGCCUUGGACUUCACGUUUCGUUUUGUUUGUUAUUUUGUCGUUGUGUUUGAUAUUCAAUAAACAUGUACGCAUAUCACGCUGCGCCUUGGUCUGACCCGUUCAUCAACGAACGUGACAGAAGAUCCAACCAAACGAGGACCAAGCAACGUGCCCAGGAGGAGCCAAUAGCCAUGUCCCAGGUGGGCAAAUUGUGGUCAUGGGAAGAGGUAUUCGCGGGGAAAGGGCCAUGGGCGAAGGUAGAUACCCAGGCAGGAGAGGAGCAACGGCAACGCAGAGGACGCCGGUCGAGGAGGAAGCCCGAGAGACAGCCCCAAUAACAUUUGGGGGGGGGGCUAAAGGGGUGGUCGGGGAGCGAGAGAGAAGAGGCACCCGGUCGGUUUUCAGAUUGGGUCCCUACGACCAUGGGAAGAGGAGUGGGAACAGUAUUAUACUGAGGAGUCGGAGGAUGACGACGACGACGAGGUUCUGUUCCCUAACUCGUGGGGGCUCCCGGAGGAGUCCUCACAGGAAGAGGAGUGCCGACGACGGAGACCCGAGAGGCAACCCCAAGAACAUUUUGGGGGGGGGCACACGGUGUGGACGAUGAGGCAGCAGGAGGCCGUUAAAGGGCGGGUCUGCAGGUUAGGAGAGGAGGCCACCAUGUUACGGGGGCUAUUGGUUCAGAGGGAGCAGGAGUUAUUCGGUCAGAGGGAGGCGCUACAGGAGGCUAUAAGGGAGAAGGAAAGUGUAGAGGCACGGCGAGAGGAGCUGGUUAGGCAGCAGAAGGAGCAGGGGUUAAUAAAGGAACCCAGUCCCGCUCCUCGCACCAACCAAGUGGUGCGUGUCGCCAGUCCGGUCCGGCCCGUUCCUGCUUCCCGCACUAAGCCAGUGGUGCGUGUUCCCAGUACGGCCCGACCCGUUCCUGCCUCUCGCACCAAGCCAGUGGUGCGCGUCGCCAGCCCGGCCCGGCCUGUUCUUGCCCCUCGCACCAAGCCAGUGGUGCGCGUCGCCAGCCCGGUCCGGCCUGUUCCUGCUCCUCGCACCAAGCCAGGGGUGCGCGUCGCCAGCCCGGCCUGUUCCUGCUCCCCGCACCAAGCCAGUGGUGCGCGUCGCCAGCCCGGCCUGUUCCUGUCCCUCGCACCAAGCCAGUGGUGCGCGUCGCCAGCCCGGUCCGGCCUGUUCCUGCCCCUCGCACCAAGCCAGUGGUGCGCGUCGCCAGCCCGGCCCGGCCUGUUUCUGCCCCUCGCACCAAGCCAGUGGUGCGCGUCGCCAGCCCGGUCCGGCCUGUUCCUGCUCCUCGCACCAAGCCAGUGGUGCGUGUGUCCAGUCCGGCACGGCCCGUGCCUGUUCCACCGGUGCCUGGUUCGGCACCGGUCAGCUGCUUUACUCCGGAGCCAGAGCAGUCCGCUCCACUGGUGCCCAGUUCAGCUCCGGUUAGCUGCUCCACUCCGGAGCCAGAGUAAUCCGCUCCACCGGGGUCCAGUCCAGAUCCGGUCAGCGGAUCCACUCCGGAGCCAGAGCAGUCCGCUCCACCGGUGCCAAGUUCAGCUCCGGUCAGCUGCUCCACUCCGGAGCCAGAGCAAUCCGCUCCACCGGGAUCCAGUCCAGCUUCUCCACCGGGGAAUCCACUUACACUGACCAAUCCAUAUCACGGCAGGGCUCUACACUGACCAAUCCAUAUCACAGAGGGCUCUACAGUGACCAAUCCAUAUCACAGCAGGGCUCUACACUGACCAAUCAUAUCACAGAGGGCUCUACACUGACCAAUCCAUAUCACGGCAGGGCUCUACACUGACCAAUCCAUAUCACAGAGGGCUCUACACUGACCAAUCCAUAUCACAGAGGGCUCUACACUGACCAAUCCAUAUCACAGAGGGCUCUACACUGACCAAUCCAUAUCACAGAGGGCUCUACACUGACCAAUCCAUAUCACAGAGGGCUCUACACUGACCAAUCCAUAUCACAGAGGGCUCUACACUGACCAAUCCUUAUCACGGCAGGGCUCUACACUGACCAAUCCAUAUCACAGAGGGCUCUACAGUGACCAAUCCAUAUCACAGCAGGGCUCUACACUGACCAAUCAUAUCACAGCAGGGCUCUACACUGACCUAUCAUAUCACAGCAGGGCUCUACACUGACCUUUUUAACAAGGAGCACAUAGAAACGUAGGCGCAAACAAAGAAAUUAAGGAGCACAGUGAAAUAUAUUUUUGGUAAUAAAGCUAGAAUCCUUAAUUUUUCUAGGUGCUCUGGUGCUCCUAAAUAUAAACUCCAGGUCGCUCUGGUGCUCCUAAAUAUAAACUCCAGGUCACUCUGGUGCUCCUAAACUAAAACUCCAGGUCGCUCUGGUGCUCCUAAAUAUAAACUCCAGGUCACUCUGGUGCUCCUAAACUAAAACUCCAGGUCGCUCUGGUGCUCCUAAACUAAAACUCCAGGUCGCUCUGGUGCUCCUAAACUAAAACUCCAGGUCGCUCUGGUGCUCCUAAAUAUAAACUCCAGGUCGCUCUGGUGCUCCUAAAUAUAAACUCCAGGUCGCACAGCAAAAUAUUUACGCACAAUACAGGAGUAAAAUGGUCCCACUGUAGAGCCCUCUGUGAAAAUUUUUAAAUUUUAAAUUUAAAUAUGGAUUGGUCAGUGUAGAGCCCUCUGUGAUAUGGAUUGGUCAGUGUAGAGCCCUCUGUGAUAUGGAUUGGUCAGUGUAGAGCCCUCUGUGAUAUGGAUUGGUCAGUGUAGAGCCCUCUGUGAUAUGGAUUGGUCACUGUAGAGCCCUGCUGUGAUAUGAUUGGUCAGUGUAGAGCCCUCUGUGAUAUGGAUUGGUCAGUGUAGAACCCUCUGUGAUAUGGAUUGGUCAGUGUAGAGCCCUCUGUGAUAUGGAUUGGUCAGUGUAGAGCCCUCUGUGAUAUGGAUUGGCCAGUGUAGAGCCCUCUGUGAUAUGGAUUGGUCAGUGUAGAGCCCUCUGUGAUAUGGAUUGGUCAGUGUAGAGCCCUCUGUGAUAUGGAUUGGUCAGUGUAGAGCCCUCUGUGAUAUGGAUUGGCCAGUGUAGAGCCCUCCACGGUAAAUUGACUGAAUUAUCACGAUAACGAUAAAUUGAACGAAAACUUUAUGACAUUAAUGGUCACCGCAGUUAUUUUGGUUAAAACUACUACUACAUGAAAUGUUGUAGCUAUCAAUUGUCCCGUUAACAAUCACCCAUAUUAGAAAACGUAUUUCAUUUCAAACUUCACAUUUCUCUAGUAGGGCCCUAUGGGUUAUUUAUCGUAGUGAACGAUAUCAGAAAAAUGUCCACGAAAAUGGUGGGUUUGGUCAGUGUGGUGGGUUUGGUCAGUGUGGUGGGUUUGGUCAGUGUGGUGGGUUUGGUCAGUGUGGUGGGUUUGGUCAGUGUGGUGGGUUAUGGUCCCACCUCUACUCUUACGUGGAGCCGUAGGUCAAACUUUAAAUCCAACCCUGUCAAAUUCAUCGACAGAGCUCUGGAUGUAAGGACUGACAGUCUGUAAGAUCAACAUGAUAUGAGCUCUGGAUGUAAGGACUGACAGUCUGUAAGAUCAACAUGAUAUGAGCUCUGGAUGUAAGGACUGACAGUCUGUAAGAUCAACAUGAUAUGAGCUCUGGAUGUAAGGACUGACAGUCUGUAAGAUCAACAUGAUAUGAGCUCUGGAUGUAAGGACUGACAGUCUGUAAGAUCAACAUGAUAUGAGGUCAAAAUUUAAACUUUCAACAUAUUUUGAAGCUGUGUUCAUGGUGUUGUGUGUGUCUGUGUGUGUGUGUAGCAGCAGCUAUCAGCCUAUGUGUUGUGGGUGAACAGCCAGUUGAAGAAGCGACCAGGCCAGAAGCCCAUCACAGACCUCAGAGUAGACCUGCAGGAUGGAGUGGUGCUGUCACACCUAGUGGAGAUAGUGGGUUAGUACUCACACACUACCACACACCAUCACACCUACCACACACCACCACACCUACCACACACACCAACCACCACAAAACACCACUACACUACCAAAACACACCACCAAAACACACACCAGACCACACACCACCACAACUCGACAAAAACCACCAACCGACCAAAAACACCACCCACACCACCACCGACCACACACCACCACACCGACCACACACCACCACACGACCACACACCACCACACCACCACACACCACAACACCACCGACCACACACCACACACUACACACACCCCCACACCGACCACACAACCACCACACCACCACCACCACACAAAACACCAACACACACCACCACACACCACCAACACACACCACACAGCACCACCACCACCGACAACACCCCACCACACAGCCACACACCACCACACACGACCACACAAACACACCAACACUACCAACAAGACCACACCACCAAACCACAACCCACACCUACCACACCACCACCACACGACAACACACCCCCACGCACACACAACACCCACAACACACAACAACACAACCACACGACCACACACAACACCACAUACACCACACACCACCACCGACACACACCACCCCACCGACCACACAACACCACACCACCAACACCACCCCCACACACACCACACACAACCACACCGACCCACACCGACCACCCACCACCACCACACACCACACAGACCACACCCACCCACCACACCACCACCACACCGACCCACCACCACCCCACCGACCACACAACCACCACACCGACCACACACACACCCACACCCACCACACCGACCACACACCACCACCACACAACCACACCGACCCCACACCACCACACCACCACCCCACCACCGACCCACACCACCACACCGACCACAACACCACCACAACGACCACACACAACCACACCACCACCACGACCACACAACACCCAACCCACCACACAACACACACCACCACACGACCACACCACCACCACCACACCUACCCACCACAAACACCAACCACCGACACACCACACACACCAACAACCACCACACCGACCAACACCACCCCACCCAACACACACCAAAAAACAACGAAACCACACACAACACACCACAACACCCACACCACAAACACCAAGCAGACCACACCACCACACACUACCACCAACCCCCACUACCACACAACAACACACCCACACACACCACCACACACCACUCACCCACAACACCCAAAAACCACAACAACCAAAAACCAACAACACCAAACACACCACACCAAACAACACCAAAACAACACCAACCCAACCACAACCAAACACACAAACAACACACACACACAUACACCACACAAACCACACACCACCACCAAAACACACACCACAAACACAACACCACACCAAACCGACCACACCAACACAACACACCACCAAACACACCACAAAAAUACACCACAACAAACACAACCACACUACAACCACACCAUACACACCACACAACCACACACACACUGACACACAAAACCAAACCCAACACCAAACCACACACUACCACCCACCAACAUCCACACAAUACCACACCACCAACCACCACAACACCACACACACAAACCCACAACCAGACCAACACACACAAAACCAACACACAACCAAACCCCACACCAAACCACACACACCAUGAACACACACCAUACACACACCAUACACUACAAAAUCAACCACACAACACAACCAAAACUACACACCAAAAAACACACAACAUAGACCAAAUACAUACACCACACAAAUAACACCACACCAUACUACAAAACACAAAUAACCAUAAUACAACACAUAACAACACAACACCAAACAUACACACCAAAAUACACCAACAACACAUAAACCCCACUACACCAUACAACACCAACCAAACACACAUACACACAAACCAAUAUACACAACACCAUACCAUACUAACACAAAACCAUAAACCAAUCACACCACACAAAACUACACACAAACACGACCACAACCAUACCACCAACACCAACGAACAACACCAAAACACCCAACCACAACCACACAUACCACAUCAUACACACAACAAACACCACACCACAUACAAUCAACCACACCAAACUAUACUACCACAUAAACACACCCACACUAUACUACUAUACACACCCAAACCACACCAAACACAGCCACACAAACCACACCAACCACACACACACCAAACUACACUAAACACACACACCUACUACACGACACCACAACCAAAGACACCAACAACACACUACACCAUACAAACACCACCACAAACCAGAAAACAGACACCAACAAAACGAAGACACAACCGACCACACAAACAUCUACACCACACAAACCACAACAACACACGACAUCCAACCACACACACACAAGACACAAAACCAGACUACACAACUACAAACACACCACUACACCACAUCACUCACCACACACCCACACACAAACCAACACACUACACGCACACACCACAACCAAUACUACAAAACCAAAACCAACUACAACACACCACGACACAACCAGACACACCUACACCAAACCACACCAAACACACACACAAACCAACAUAACCAACCACACACACACACCGACAACCCAAACACACAACAAACACCAACCCACACACCACACAAACGACUCACACACCAACCACACCAUACACACACACCACACACACCCACACCCAACACCAGACACACUACCACACACCAUACAACGACCCCCAGUACGCACAAACCAGACAAUACAGACGACCGACACCACACGACACCAACCAAAAACACCACACAAAGACCACCCACACCCCAGACACCACACCAACACACACAACACCACACCAACAGACUACCCAGACCAACCACCACGACACCACACACGACACAACACCACGACACAAACAACCACACCAACGACACUACAAAAACACCCAGACCACAACCAAGACACCAAACGACACCACACACACGAACAUACCACAACACAAAACCAACGACACACACCACAACACAACCAACUACACCACACCAACGACACCAGAACGACACGACACCGGAACACACUUAUCACCAUACUACACUACACAUACUACACUACACCAUACCACACUACACCAUACCACACUACACCACACUACACUACACCAUACUAAACUACACCAUACUAAACUACACCAUAACCAUACCAUUCAACACAAUCUCACAUCCAGCACUUUGGAUGGGGACUUUGGCAAAUUUGUUAGUUUAGCUGGAGAAUGCUGGGCCAUCGUUGAAUGAAAAUAGAACUGUAGAAGGAACGGUCCGUCUUUAGUGAUUCCCCAGUGGUACAAUAACUACAACGUGCCCAGUUUAAACACCGCCUUCCAACAAUACUGAUUAUUUCAAAUAAUGAAUGAUGAAAACCCCAAACCAGAAACUACUGCUGCUCCUAAUCACAUCAUUCUACGUGAGCCUGGACAGAUUGUCGCCGUUUACACAAAAAAUGUGUCCAAGAGAGAUUAAAUAAAUGAUGAUUUGAUUUACAUGAUAACCCUCUCCUUCUCCCAUCCUUGCAGCGGGGGAGGUGCUGGAGGGGGUAUAUGAGGCUCCUCGGGACCGGGAGGAGAGCAGGGAGAACGUGGAGCGAGUCCUCAGCUUCAUCACCUCCAGACGUAUACGCAUGCCUCACACCUCUGCCCGGGGUAACACACACACACACAAACCUCCACACGGGGUAACACACACACACACACACACACACACACACACACACACACACACACACACACACCUCCACACGGGGUAACACACACACACACACACACACACACAUACAGUGGGGAGAACAAGUAUUUGAUACACUGCCGAUUUUGCAGGUUUUCCUACUUACAAAGCAUGUAGAGGUCUGUAAUUUUUAUCAUAGGUACACUUCAACUGUGAAAAUCCAGAAAAUCACAUUGUAUGAUUUUUAAGUAAUUCAUUUGCAUUUUAUUGCAUGACAUAAGUAUUUGAUCACCUACCAACCAGUAAGAAUUCCGGCUCUCACAGACCUGUUAGUUUUUCUUUAAGAAGCCCUCCUGUUCUCCACUCAUUACCUGUAUUAACUGCACCUGUUUGAACUCGUUACCUGUAUAAAAGACACCUGUCCACACACUCAAUCAAACAGACUCCAACCUCUCCACAAUGGCCAAGACCAGAGAGCUGUGUAAGGACAUCAGGGAUACCAUUGUAGACCUGCACAAGGCUGGGAUGUGCUACAGGACAAUAGGCAAGCAGCUUGGUGAGAAGGCAACAACUGUUGGCGCAAUUAUUAGAAAAUGGAAGAAGUUCAAGAUGACGGUCAAUCACCCUCGGUCUGGGGCUCCAUGCAAGAUCUCACCUCGUGGGGCAUCAAUGAUCAUGAGGAAGGUGAGGGAUCAGCCCAUAACUACACUGCAGGACCUGGUCAAUGACCUGAAGAGAGCUGGGACCACAGUCUCAAAGAAAACCAUUAGUAACACACUACGCCGUCAUGGAUUAAAAUCCUGCAGCGCAUGCAAGGUCCCCCUGCUCAAGCCAGCGCAUGUCCAGGCCCGUCUGAAGUUUGCCAAUGACCAUCUGGAUGAUCCAGAGGAGGAAUGGAAGAAGGUCAUGUGGUCUGAUGAGACAAAAAUAGAGCUUUUUGGUCUAAACUCCACUCGCCGUGUUUGGAGGAAGGAGGAUGAGUACAACCCCAAGAACACCAUCCCAACCGUGAAGCAUGGAGGUGGAAACAUCAUUCUUUGGGGAUGCUUUUCUGCAAAGGGGACAGGACGACUGCACCGUAUUGAGGGGAGGAUGGAUGGGGCCAUGUAUCGCGAGAUCUUGGCCAACAACCUCCUUCCCUCAGUAAGAGCAUUGAAGAUGGGUCGUGGCUGGGUCUUCCAGCAUGACAAUGACCCGAAACACACAGCCAGGGCAACUAAAGAGUGGCUCCGUAAGAAGCAUCUCAAGGUCCUGGAGUGGCCUAGCCAGUCUCCAGACCUGAACCCAAUAGAAAAUCUUUGGAGGGAGCUGAAAGUCCGUAUUGCCCAGCGACAGCCCCGAAACCUGAAGGAUCUGGAGAAGGUCUGUAUGGAGGAGUGGGCCAAAAUCCCUGCUGCAGUGUGUGCAAACCUGGUCAAGACCUACAGGAAACGUAUGAUCUCCGUAAUUGCAAACAAAGGUUUCUGUACCAAAUAUUAAGUUCUGCUUUUCUGAUCUAUCAAAUACUUAUGUCAUGCAAUAAAAUGCAAAUUAAUUACUUAAAAAUCAUACAAUGUGAUUUUCUGGAUUUUUGUUUUAGAUCCCGUCUCUCACAGUUGAAGUGUACCUAUGAUAAAAAUUACAGACCUCUACAUGCUUUAAGUAGGAAAACCUGCAAAAUCAGCAGUGUAUCAAAUACUUGUUCUCCCCACUGUAUAUCCCAUAGUUCUCACAUAAUCUCUCUUUCUCCUGUGUGUGUGUGUGUAGAUAUAGUAGAAGGUGAUCUGAAGUCAGUGAUGAGGUUGAUUCUGGCUCUGGCCGCCCACUUCAAACCAUCAACCAAUCAGAGAGCAGUGUCCAGGGGUGGGCGGAGCAUGGCGGGGGCCGCAGCCAACCACAGGCCACUCUCCACAGUUGCCAUGGCGCAGAGCGCGGCAGCAGCAUUGGCAGCCGCACGACACGAUGCAGAGAGAGCUUCUAGACGCACACUCCUCCACAGGUACACACACACCUCCACAGGUACACACACACCUCCACAGGUACACACACACCUCCACAGGUACACACACUCCUCCACAGGUACAACACACCCUCCACAGGUACACACACACACCUCCACAGGUACACACACCUCCUCCACAGGUACACACACUCCUCCACAGGUACACACACACCUCCACAGGUACACACACACACCUCCACAGGUACACACACUCCUCCACAGGUACACACACUCCUCCACAGGUACACACACACUCUUCCACAGGUACACACACACACUCUUCCACAGGUACACACACACCUCCACAGGUACACACACACCUCCACAGUACACACCCCUUCCACAGGUACACACACAACCUCCACAGGUACACACAACACCCUCCCCGUACACACACUCCUUUCCCCAGGUACACAACACCUUCCCCAGGUACACACCACCCUUCCACAGGUAACACCACUCCUCCACAGGUCACACACACCCUCCACGGUACACACACCCCCUCCCCAGGUACACACACUCCUCCACAGGUACAACAACUCUUCCCACAGGUACACACACCCUCCACAGGUACACACCACUCUUCCACAGGGACACACCUCCUCCACAGGUACACACACUCCUCCACAGGUACACCACACCCUCCCCCGGUACACACACACUCUUCCACAGGUACAACACAACUCUUUCCCCAGGUACCACCCUCUUCCACAGGUACACACACUCUCCCCAGGUCACACACCCUCCACAGGUACACCCCACUCCCCUCUCCACAGGUACACACCCCUCCCCAGGUACACACCCCUCCUCCACGGGAAAACCACACCCCCUCCACAGGGACACCAAAACCCCCCUCCACAUGGUACACACACCCCUCCACAGGUACACACCACACCUCCACAAGGUACACACACUCCUCCACAGGUACACACACACCUCCACAGGUACACACACUCUUCCACAGGUACACACACUCCUCCACAGGGACACACACACACCCUCCACAGGUACCCACUUCCUCCACAGGUACAAACAACCCCCCCCACAGUACACCACACUCUUCUAUUCGGUGUGUGUAUAAUGUGGUGUAAAAGUUCGGGUUGAUGUGUGUAGUCCCUUUCCCGGGGUUGGGGUAUAUGUUUUUAAUGUCCCUCCAGGGGUUGGGGUAUGAUGUGUGUAAUGUCCCUCCAGGGGUUGGGGUAUGAUGUGUGUAUUGUCCCUCCAGGGGUUGGGGUAUGAUGUGUGUAAUGUCCCUCCAGGGGUUGGGGUAUGAUGUGUGUAAUGUCCCUCCAGGGGUUGGGGUAUUUGUAAUGCCCUCCAGGGUGUAGAUGUGUAAUGUCCCUCCAGGGGUGGGGGGUAUGAUGGGGUGGGAUGUCCCUCCAGGGUUGGGGUAUGAUGUUUUGUAAUGUCCCCCCCCAGGGGUUGGGGUAUGAUGUGUGUAAUGUCCCUCCAGGGGUAUGAUGUGUGUAAUGUCCCUCCAGGGUUGGGGGUAUGAUGUGUGUAAUGUCCCUCCAGGGGUUGGGGUAUGAUGUGUGUAAUGUCCCUCCAGGGGUUGGGGGAAAGAUGUGUUGAAGUCCCUCCCGGGGUUGGGUAUAUGUGUUGUAAGUCCCUCCAGGGGUUGGGGUAUGAUGUGUGUAAUGUCCCUCCAGGGGUAUGAUGUGUAUAAUGUCCCUCCAGGGGUUGGGGUAUGAUGUGUGUAAUGUCCCUCCAGGGGUUGGGGUAUGAUGUGUGUAAUGUCCCUCCAGGGGUUGGGUAUGAGGUGUGUAAUGUCCCUCCAGGGUUGGGGUAUGAUGUGGGGUAAGUUCCUCCAGGGUGGGGUAUGAUGUGUGUAUUCCCUCCCCCAGGUUGGGGUAUGGAAAGUGUGUGGGGAAUGUCCCUCCAGGGGUAUGAUGUGUGUAAUGUCCCUCCAGGGGUAUGAUGUGUAUAAUGUCCCUCCAGGGGUUGGGGUAUGAUGUGUGUAAUGUCCCUCCAGGGGUUUGGGGUAUGAUGUGUGUAAUGUCCCUCGCAGGUGUUGGGGGUACUGAUGUUGGUAAGUGUCCCUCCAGGGGGGUAUGAUGUGUAUAAUGUCCCUCCAGGGGUUGGGGUAUGAUGUGUAUAAUGUCCCUCCAGGGGGUUGGGGUAAUGAAUGUUGUCAUAAUGUCCCUCCAGGGGUUUGGGGUGUGAUGUGUGGAAUGUGCCCUCCCAGGGGGUAUGGGGGAUGAUGUAGUCUAAUGUCCGCUCCAGGGGUUUGGUGGUAUGAAUGUUGUAUACUGUCCCUCCAGUGGUUGGGGUAUGAUGUGUAUACUGUCCCUCCAGGGUUGGGGGGUAUGAUUGUGUGUAAUGUCCCUCAGGGGUUGGGGUAUGAUGGUGUGUAAGUCCCUCCAAGGGGUUGUGGGUCAUGAAGUGUUGUGUAAAUGUCCCUCCAGGGGGUGGGUAUGAUUGUGUAGAAUGUCCCCCAGUGGGUUGGGGGUAUGAUGUGUGGUAAUGUCCCUCCAGGGGUUGGGGUAAUGGAUGUGUAUAAAUGGUCCCUCCAGGGGUUGGGGUAUGAAUGUGUGAAUGAUGUCCCCUUCCAGGGGUUUGGGGUUAUGAAUGUGGAAUAGUCCCUCCAGGGGUUGGGGUAUGAUGUGUGUAAUUCCCCUCCAGGUUGGGUUGAUGUGUAUGUCCCUCCAGGGGUUGGGGUAUGUGUGUUUAAAAGUCCCUCCAGGGGUUUUGGGGGUAUGAUGUGUGUAAUGUCCCUCCACGGGUUGGGGUAUGAUGUGUGUAAUGUCCCUCCAGGGGUUGGGGUAUGAUGUGUGUAAUGUCCCUCCGGGUUGGGGGAUGAUGUUGUAUGUCCCUCCAGGGUUGUAGUUUUUAAGGAGUUAGGGUUGGGGUUGUGGUAUGUCCCCCAGGGUUGGGGAUGAUUGAAACCCCAAGGGGGGGUAGAAAUGUCCCCCAAACCCCCAAACCCCAAACCCCCCAGGGGGGAAAACCCCCAAAGGACCCCCCAACAAAAGCCCCCCAAAACAGCCCACCAUUAAAAGCCCCCAAAAAAUUUAAGCCCCCAGGGGGAAAACCCCCAAAAACCCCCCAAAACCCCCCAAGGGACAAACCCCCAGGGGGAAAAAAUUAAAACCCCCAGGGGUUGGGGUGAUUUUAUAUUCCCUAGGGUAAUUAACCAAAGGGGUUGGGGGAGAAAAUGGGUUGGCCUCCUUUUAUUUUAAUUCCCUGGGUUGGGGUUAUGUUGGGAUGCCCUGUAUGAUGUUAUGUUCCCGGGGUUUGAUUGGAAGCCCCUGUUUUGGGGUAUGAUGUGUGAAUGUCCCCAGGGUUUUUGGUAUUGUUGUAUUUCCCCCGUGGUUUUGGGGUAGGGUGGUUAUGUCCCUGGGGUUUGGGGUUGAUGUGUGAUUGCCCUAGUUUGUGGGUUUAGUUUUGGGAAAGCCCUGGUUGGGGUUAUGUUUUAAUGUCCCUGGGGUUAUGUUUGCCCCAGGUUGGGUUAGAGGUUUUAUUUUUCCCCAGGGUUGGGGUUGAUUUGUAUUGGCCCUGUGUUGGGGUUUAGUGUUAAGUCCUUAGGGGUAUGGAGUUAUAAGGCCCUUCGGGGUUGGGAGUUUUGAUUGGAAGCCCUGGGGGUAGGUGCUUUAUUAAGCCCCGGGGUUUGGGGUUGAUUGAAGCCCCAGGGGUUGGGGUAGUAGUGUUAAAGCCCUCCGGGGAUGUUGAGAGGAUCGGGGAAACCGUUGCGGGAGUUCCUUUGUUCCAGCAGUUGGCAGGUGAGUCCUGACAAACACCGGGGAGGUAACGAACAACACCCACCACACAACCAACCACAGGACAGAACACCCGGGUAG